CUGUUUCUCCCUUUCUCCAUAUUCCCCUCUCCAUACGCCUGACUCUGUUUCUCUUUCUCCAAUGUUUUCAAACCGAUGAGCAUGCUGUGUGGCUCCUAGCCUCCUACUCAUCACUGCAACUGUAACAGUAACAGCAGAGAUAUCGCCACUCAAGAGGAGUGCCAUCGCCGACAUCUACACACACAGUCACACACACACCAACGUUGGAUGAACAUCGGCUUAUUCUUCUCAAACGUACGCUGGGGAGGUAGAGAGAGAGUGUCCACCUGCGCUUAUCUCAUACACAACAGGGCUAAGGACGGGGAACUGUCAUCAUUUGGAUAAUACAUACCGUUAGAGACAGAACUCCAGCAACCACCAGUGAUCUUAGAGGAGUCCUUGGAUUACUGAAGCUUGACUGACCAUUCUAACAAAACCAAAAGGCAAAGCAACAAACCAUGAAGACCAGACUAGCCUGCCUGUCCAAUAAGUCUGACUCCUACACCGACUUCACUGAGUUCCUGCCCCCUGCCCAAGACAGGACCACCAGAUGCCUAAAGCUGACAAAAGACGAGGUCAUUCGAUGGGCAGAUUCCUUCGAUGUUCUUCUAUCGCACAAGUAUGGCCUGGCUGCCUUCCGGGCUUUUCUCAAGACGGAGUUCAGCGACGAGAACAUUGAGUUCUGGAUGGCCUGCGAGGAAUAUAAAAAAAUCAAGACUCCCGCUAAACUGGUGACCAAAGCCAACAAGAUCUACAAUGAGUUUAUCGAUGUCAAGGCUCCCAGAGAGGUAAACAUAGACUUCCGUACACGGGAGGUGACGAGACAGAGCCUUGAGGAGCCCACUCCUUCCAGUCUGAACGAGGUCCAGGCCAGGGUCCACAGCCUCAUGGAGAAAGACUCUUACCCACGCUUCCUCCGCUCCAAGAUCUACCAGGACUUACUCAAAACGCAGUACACACACUGCCAACGGAACUCUGUCUGAAGAACACACACAUGCAGCCGCAGAUACAUAUACGCACACUUAAGUGAUAAUGCCGUGAAGCCAGUGUUUGGAGGAUAUAUUGGCACGGGUGUUGCUAGGCCAGAGACAAAGUCGAGGGUCGGCAAACCGUGCCAAUAUAUGCCCUAACAUCAGCUUCUUGGGCAUUAUUACUUUUAUACAACGGGUUAGCAACAUAUUCAAAUAAUGAUUGACGUAUUUUCAUUAAAAAAAUUAAUUUGAUA